AUGCUCGGUGCAAGCACGGUCCUGGUGCUCGUGAUGCUCCUCACCCUCUCCCCACACUCUGAUGCAGCCCCUUACUCACCGUCCGAGUGCUGCUUCGGUUACAUGAAGUCCUCUCGCCGGCUGACUAACCUGAAGCAUUUCUACACAACUCCCAAGGAUUGUUUUCUCCCAGCAGUUGUGUUUGAGACCAGGAAUGGGAGGAAGAUCUGUGCAGACCCGGAAAUUAGUUGGGUGCAGAAAGCAGUUCAGAAGCUUCAAAAAAUGAAAGAACUUCCUGCCCCGUGA